UAGAUAAAAUUCGUCUGCUGUGUUAUCUUUUACCGAAUGAUGUUUACAAUUGCAGUUUUUAGCUUUUUGAAAUUUUUUGACAUUUAUUGAUUGAAGAUAUUGUUGAACGCUGGGAUGACAGCCUUUGUAGCUAAAAAUCCCUAAAUCCCCCCUCAUUCAAACAAACAAAAGUUUUUAGCUUGACGGAUUUAAUAAAUCUUUCUUGAACUUUAUAACUGAAACUUUUUAAUAUAAAUAUGUCGAAUGUUAUUGUUUUUCUUUUAUUUCAAAUCUUUAUUUCACCGUGUUUCUCCAAGAAAAAUGUGUUGUUAAUUGUUGCUGAUGAUGGUGGUUUUGAAUCACAAAUUUAUGGAAACCCAGUAUGCAAGACACCUAAUCUUGAUGCAUUGGCAUCAAAAUCAAUGAUAUUCAAAAAUGCAUUCACAUCUGUUAGUAGUUGUUCUCCAAGCCGUUCAUCAAUUCUGACUGGUUUGCCUCAACAUCAGAAUGGGAUGUAUGGACUUCAUCAAGAUGUGCAUCACUUUAAUUCAUUUGAUAAAGUGAAAAGCUUGUCACAAAUUCUAACAAAGAAAAAUAUUUAUUCUGGUAUUAUUGGUAAAAAACAUGUUGGACCAGAAAAUGUCUAUCCUUUUGAUUUUGCAUAUACUGAAGAAACCGAUUCCAUAAAUCAAGUAGGACGAAAUAUAACAAGAAUUAAGGAAUUGGUUCACAAAUUUUUUUCAACCUUGAAUGAAAGUCAAUCCUUUUUUCUUUAUGUUGCUUUCCAUGACCCGCAUCGAUGUGGACAUACAAAUCCAGAAUAUGGAGAAUUUUGUGAAAAAUUUGGAAAUGGUGAAGAAGGAAUGGGAAUUAUUCCAGACUGGAAGCCUCAAUAUUAUAAACCAGAAGAUGUUAUUGUACCAUAUUUCAUUCCUGAUACACCUAUAUCUAGAAGAGACAUAGCUGCACAAUAUACCACUUUAAGUCGACUUGAUCAAGGUAUUGGUCUAGUUUUAAAAAAAUUGAAAGAAUUUGGUCAUGAUAAUGAUACCUUAGUGAUAUAUACAUCUGAUAAUGGAAUACCAUUCCCUAGUGGUAGGACAAACCUCUAUGAUCCUGGUAUGGCUGAACCUUUUCUGUUGCAUCUACCUGAACAAAAUUAUAGUCAGAUUUCAAAGACAAUGGUUAGCCUUUUGGAUAUUGUACCUACCAUUUUGGAUUGGCUAAAUAUUGAAUAUCCAGAUUUUAAAUUGAAUGGCAUUCCAGUCAAAUUGAGCGGAAAAUCAUUACUUCAUGAAUCGUCCUUUAAAAAUGAAGCUGUAUUUGCUAGUCAUAAUCUGCAUGAAGUGACAAUGUACUAUCCUAUGCGUGUUGUACGAACAAAAAACUAUAAACUAAUCCACAACCUUAAUUUCAAGAUGCCAUUUCCAAUUGAUCAAGAUUUUUUCAUUUCUCCAACAUUUCAGGAUUUAUUGAACAGGACAGCUGAAAGAAUAGAAACUCAUUGGUAUAAAAAUUUGUCAAAUUAUUACUACAGGGACCAGUGGGAAUUGUUUGAUUUGGAAAAAGAUCCUCAUGAAACACACAAUGUUGCAAAUAAUUCUUCAUACAGUUCUAUUUUUACUGCACUGAAAAAAUUGUUAAUAGAUUGGCAAAUAGAAACCAAUGAUCCAUGGAUAUGUUCACCAUCUGGUGUUUUAGAAAAUAAAGGAAGAUUUAAAUCUAACCCUCAGUGCCUCUCUCUUUUCAAUGGAACUUGAAAAACUGGUACAAUGCUUUUUGCAAGAAAUUGUAUGCCUGCGAUACUCUGUAAUGAUCAGUGUUUUUGUUUUUUUCAAUGAUCUGUUAACUUACAAAGGAUCUGAAUGUACAAGAAAAUUAUUAUUGAUUCAAUGAGAGCUUAAUCUAUGUGAAAAAAAAUUGUUAGAUGUCUAUUUUGUAUUUUUAUUAUAUCUGUUUUAAUAUACUGAAGUUUUAUAAU